AUGGCGUCCGCGGCGACCAUGCCCGAUGGCACUGCCGCCAGCUUUCCCGACGGUACUGUCGAUUAUACGCCUCUCAGAUCAUCCGCGAAGGAUCUGCGGAAGCCUCAUAUCACCGAAUUUCCCAUCACCCUCAAUAACUGGUACAAACACGUCAACUGGCUGAAUACCUUCUUCAUCAUCGGUAUCCCCAUGCUUGGUCUCAUCAGUGCCUACUGGGUUCCUCUGCAGUGGAAGACCGCCGCCUUCGCCGUCUUCUACUACUUCAACAGCGGUCUCGGAAUAACUGCAGGAUACCAUCGACUAUGGGCACACACCUCGUACAAGGCGACCUUGCCGCUGAAAAUCUAUCUCGCCGCUAUGGGCGCAGCGUCCGUCGAGGGCAGCUGUAGAUGGUGGAGUCGAGGUCACCGCGCCCAUCACAGAUACACGGAUACAGAGAAGGACCCCUACAGUGUGAGAAAGGGACUUCUGUACUCUCACAUUGGUUGGAUGGUUAUGCAGCAGAACCCCAAGCGCAUAGGCCGAAGCGACAUCACCGACCUUAACGAGGACCCCGUCGUUGUGUUCCAACACAGGUAUUACCUAAGCUGCGUCCUCACUAUGGCUUUGAUCUUCCCCACUCUUGUGUGUGGUCUUGGUUGGGGUGAUUGGUUCGGCGGAUACAUCUACGCUGGGAUUCUUCGAAUCUUUUUCGUCCAGCAAGCAACUUUCUGCGUCAACUCUCUCGCUCACUGGCUCGGCGACCAACCAUUCGACGACCGCAACUCUCCUCGAGACCACGUCAUCACCGCCCUGGUCACUCUCGGCGAGGGAUACCACAACUUCCACCACGAAUUCCCCUCUGAUUACCGCAACGCCAUCCAAUGGUGGCAGUAUGACCCGACCAAGUGGAUGAUCUUCACCUGGAAGAAGCUCGGCCUGGCCUACGAUCUCAAGCAAUUCCGCCAGAACGAGAUCGAGAAGGGCAGACUUCAACAGCUCCAGAAGAAACUCGACCAGAAGCGCGCUACUCUUGACUGGGGUGUUCCUCUUGAGCAGCUUCCCGUUAUCCACUGGGAUGACUUCGUUGCUGAGGCCAAGAAUGGAAAGGCUCUCGUGGCCGUUGCCGGAGUUAUCCAUGAUGUGACCGACUUCGUCAAGGAGCAUCCUGGUGGCAAGGCUCUUAUCUCCUCGGCCAUUGGCAAGGAUGCCACUGCCAUCUUCAACGGUGGUGUAUACCUCCACUCCAACGCUGCUCACAACCUACUUUCCACGAUGCGCGUUGGUGUCCUCCGCGGUGGCUGCGAAGUUGAGAUAUGGAAGCGAGCUCAGAUGGAGAAUAAGGAUGUCACCUACGUCAACGAUUCGGAGGGCCGUCGUAUUGUCCGUGCUGGCGACCAAGUCACCAAAGUUGCGCAGCCAACUGCAAGCGCCAAUGCCGCAUGA